AUGCUGUCUUUAUUGCGCAGUAUAACCUUUAUACCCAGCACCAUCAUCUCUCCCCUGCCAAAACCCAGUAAAAGCUCCGAUCUUUCUGUUCACCUCUCAAACAUUAUGUCUUGGUCUUGCAAGAAAUGCACUUUCAUGAACUCCCCAUCACCAAAACCCACUUGCCAAAUAUGUCUUUCACCUCCUUCACCCCCUCCUCUACCUUCCUCGUCUUCAAAUCAAGAAACCCCAAAAUGGUCUUGCAAGGCUUGUACUUUCUUGAACCCGUAUAAGAACAGUAGCUGUGAAGUAUGUGGCACUAGAGGUUCUGUUUAUUCUCUCUCUAGUUUGGAGGAUUUGACUGAUACUAGUGGUCUUGAUGGUGAUGUGGAUUCUUCUGUUGGGUCAGUUUUCAUGCCCUUAAGGCCUUGUAAGAGGAAGGUUAGAGAGUCAUUUGAUGGUGAUCAAGAGGGUGGGUUUCGUGGGGUUAAGUCUUUGAAUAAUGUGGAAGAUAGAGGUGAUGCGGAUUGUGUGAAAUCGGGUGGAUUCCAAGGGGUUAAAGCAUCAAAUAAAGGAGCUACUGUUUUAAAGGAUGGAGGUGAUGGCCAUAGUGUGAAAUUGGGUGGGUUUCAAGGGGUUAAAGCAUCAAACAAGGGAGUCACAGUUCAAAAGGAUGAAAGUGACGGGGUUAGUGUGAAAUUGGGCGCAUCUCAAGGAGCUAGGGCAUCAAACAAGGGAGUGGCUGUUUUAAUGGAGGAUGCUGAUUCAGCAGCAGUGCGGGGUUCCUUCAAGAUUUUGAGCUACAAUGUUUGGUUCCGAGAAGACCUGGAGAUGCAUAAGAGGAUGAAAGCACUUGGUGAACUUAUUCAACUACAUUCACCAGAUGUCAUUUGUUUGCAGGAGGUUAUUCCUGAUAUAUAUAGCAUAUUUCAGCAAUCCAGCUGGUGGAAAGCAUAUCAAUGCUCUGUUUCAUCCGAGGAAGCAAGUGCAAGAGGAUACUUUUGUAUGCAGUUAAGCAAACUGCCAGUAAAAUCCUUCAGCUCUAAGCCCUUUAGGAAUUCAAUAAUGGGGAGAGAACUUUGCAUUGCUGAGCUUGAAGUUCCAGGAAACAAGUCAUUGGUUGUUGCCACUAGCCAUCUUGAGAGUCCUUGUCCAGCACCUCCAAAAUGGGAUCAGAUGUUCAGCAAGGAACGCGUGGAUCAGGCAAAGGAGGCCAUCAACCUUCUGAAGAAGAACUCAAAUGUGUUUCCUUUUCCUGAUGGAUGGGUUGAUGCCUGGGUAGAGUUGAAGCCAGGAGAUAAUGGAUGGACGUACGAUACCAAAUCCAACCAAAUGUUGUCUGGUAAUCGUACACUGCAAAAGAGACUGGAUCGAUUCAUAUGCAAUCUGCAUGAUUUUAAGAUCAGUAAAAUUGACAUGAUUGGUAAGGAGGCAAUACCUGGUUUAUCACAUAUCAAGGAGAAGAAAGUGAGAAAAGAAGUAAAGAAGUUGGAGCUACCUGUUUUGCCUAGUGAUCAUUAUGGUUUGCUUUUAACAAUUUCCCGUCUAACAAAUGCCAGGAUGCAAAGGCUUGGAAGCAGUUUGCAGAGCAUGCUUGUACCAAUUUUGUAUAGAACUUUUCGGAUUGAAAUGAUAUGA